AUGUCACAACAGCCCGCACAGGCCUUUGCUUCCCACUUGAUCAAUCAGACCCUCUCCUCCAUCGCUCUACUCGAGUCACUCUCAAUCAUCAACCCAACCGAUGCAUCGCUGAUAAGACAGAAGCUGCCCUCACCCACCGGUCCAUUCCCAUCACUCAACCCACCUUCACCCUCGCCUUCUGCCUCUUUUGCCGGUUUGAACAUCUCCCAAUCACCCACCUCAUGGACCGUGCGACAUGCCAGAGAAGAUUCAACCCAUUCGCCUCCUCAACGACAACCCCAAAUCCAAGCUGCUCCUGUCCAACAACCCCCUCAACCCGCUCCUGCUCCCCUUUUACCGCCCAGAGGUAGACCAGCAGAAUCAAGAGCUAAAGCUUUGUGGGAUUUCAAUGGGACGGAAGGGGAUGAUCUUCAAUUCAGAAGUGGUGAUAUCAUCGUAAUUGACGAGGAGGUCAACGAACAAUGGUAUCGAGGACGAGUUAUCCCAAAGGGUCAUACAGUACCUCUUCCCAGAUCUGGUCUUUUCCCUUCCAAUUAUAUUGAAAAGCUUCCCCCUGCACCAUAUCACUCUUCCCCUCCACCUCCUCAACAACCUCCCCAACAAAUGAUGGUUCCUUACCAGGGCUCGGCCCAAUCGUACUACGAUCAAAAGCCUCCUCCAGGUCAGAUGCAGAUGAUGUCACCUCAACAGCAUAUGCAAGCUGGUGUGGUCGUUCAAGAACCUCAAAAGGAUGGUAAAUUUGGAAAGAUCGGUGGUCAGCUCGGUACCGCUUUCACCACUGGUAUCGGUUUUGGUGCGGGAAGUGCUAUCGCUUCGGAAGCUGUUCAUGCCAGUGAGUAA